AGACUUUAGAUUUUCUCAAUUAAAGGCCUACUUUAUUGUAAUUAUCUUGUUUUGUCCAUUUCAUGAGAAAGGGUUUAGUCAUGAACAAAUGCACGUCUGUGCACCAAAGGAAAAGAAUGCAUCAGUGAAUAAAUACAAGAUGCUGAGGAGGUGAAGAAAUAAAGUGAAAUGAGCACGUGCACAAGGUCCCUCGUGGCCAAUCAUGUCCUUCGGAUUUCCUCUCAGCUUAUUCUCCUCCUCGUGCCACGGUGGAUAAAAAGCUCAUUUCACUGCUGCACGUUCCAAAAUUUCCCUCUGAGACUCUCACGAUGCUGCAGCUGCUGACAUUCCUGGUGGAGAAGUUCUCUCUUCUCUCCAACUUCAAACUUUUCGAGUCCAGCUGGUUGGACGGUGAGUGUCCUGCGCAGCGCGUUCCAGUGCCGCCGCUCCGGAGAGGAGACCUGCUGGAGGUCCCCAGAACCAUCUUCACUCACUUUGGCAUCUAUUUAGGUGACAAUAAAGUCGCCCACCUGAUCCCUGACAUCCUCCCUGUGUUUACCAACAACAACAAGCUCAUCAGCUCCGUCAUCACCAACAACAGACUCAUCCUCGGCUGCAUGUACAAGUGCGCCACGGUGCGCGUAGACACUUUGGAGGACUUUGCGUAUGGCUCCAACAUACUGGUUAACCGCAUGGAUAAGAUGAUGAAGACGCAUCCGUUUCCCAACGACACAGUCGCCAAGAGAGCAGAGAAACUCCUCGGAGCUUUCCCGUACAGUCUGAUGUGGAAUAACUGUGAGCACUUUGGGACUUACUGCAGAUAUGGAACUUCAGCCAGUCGGCAAACAGAAAAGUUCUGUCAGUGCCUGAAGUCCAUCAUCAGAGACCAGCGCAGCAUCAUUGUCUCGGGGCUGCUUGGAAUCGUCUCCAUCGUCUGCUUCGGAACGACCCCUUCAACUAUUUUACCCACAGUUCUUGUUCCCUUCGCUCUGUGGAUGGCUGGCUAAAGGAAGCCACCUGAAGGAACCUGUAAAAAAACUGAACUUUUACUUUUUGCAGAAGACUGACUGGAAACCUCCCCGCAAUGCGUGCUCUCUCGUCAUGCAAUUCUGCUUUUUAGUUUUACUGUUCAGACAGAGUUGACUGUUUUGUGCUGUGACAUGCAUCAAUCAUUUCUUUUUGUAUUCCCAAAAAAGUCUGAGGAAAUACACAAAAUCUCUGAUAUAAGGUUACAUUGCUAAUCUAAAUUGCUUGUCACAAAACUGAGUGAACAGUGAAGUAAAAGUGAAAUAUGCUGUAAAUAUACUUAUAGAGGUAAUUUUAUAGUUUGCUAAAUAUGAAGCUGUGAAUAUGACAAUUACUUAAUAAACAAUUUAUUUUUA